AUGACAUUCCUCCGCAGGUUGCAAUGGAACGACUCCUCCGUUCUAAUCCACCCCCCGGGGUUCUACAUCAUCGGCUUCACCUCCCUGCCCUUCGCCAACCUCUACUUCAUCUUCCUCGCUUUCGUUUACGUGGUGUCGGUCGUGUUCAACACAUUUGUGAUCUAUAUAAUAACGGUGGACCUUCGCCUCCACAAUCCCAAGUAUAUGGCGGUUGGUAACCUAGCUGUGGUUGAUCUGGUGCUGAAUACUUGCAUUAUUCCCGGUAUGCUAAAGGCGUUUCUUGCUAAGAACAAUUUUGUGCCGUUUAAUCUGUGUAUGGUACAGAUGUAUGUGUAUUAUUCCUUCUUAAGUAUGGAAUCGUUCUCCAUCGCCGUGCUCGCCUAUGACCGUAUGAUCGCCAUAUGUUUCCCUCUGAGGCACGGCUCCAUCAACACCAUGACGAGUAUGUCGUGUAUUCUUGGUGUCAUCUGGUGCUUCUGUCUUGGUAUACCGAUAUUCAGCACAUCCAUUAUGACCAGACUGUCCUACUGCGAUUCCGUUAACGUCUACAGCUAUUUCUGUGAUUACGCACCAGUGUUUCGGCUGGCAUGUAACGACAACACCCUGCAAUGGGCUGUGGCUUCAGUUCUGAGCCUGGUUAUCCUCCUCGGCCCACUGUGCUUCAUCAUUCUGUCAUACAUGAGUAUUCUAAUCGCUGUGUUCAGGAUGAAAAGCGUUGAGAGUCGUGUGAAAGCGCUGGCCACCUGCACUGAGCACCUCAUUCUAGUGGCGGUAUUCUUCUUUCCGGUUCUGACUAUUUUCAUGGUCGGGUUAUUAGCGCGCAUCAAACCAGACCCUGAUCUGCGCGUACUGAGCCUGUCGCUGGCCUCGUGCAUCCCGCCCUGUCUCAACCCCAUCGUCUACUCUCUGAAAACUAAAGAGAUCAAGAACAAAGUGCUCACCAUGUUCAGGAGAAUUAAAGUUCAAACAAAGCUGCCUCCCAAAAUGGCCUCCCCUCCAUUCCACGACCGGAGCCGUCGGCCCAGCCCCAGCGAGGACCAAGAUGAGGACGACCCAGCAGGACAGGCUGUAUGGAGCAGCACUAUGCCGUCCAGGAGGACAGGGCCGACCACCAGGACUGAAGGAAGUCAAACAGACAGUCCUGAACGAUCAACUCUCCCACCUGAACCUCUGGUGGAACACAGCCAACAGACAGACCUGGACCAUCAACUCUCCCACCUGAACCUGCCGUGGUGGAACACAGCCAGCACAGAGACCCAGACCAUCAACUCUCCCACCUGA